UUCAAUCUAUGGGGAAAGAAAUAGUUAGACAGCAAUCGAUAACUAUGCCUGAAAAACGCAAUAGGUUGUGGUUCUAUAAGGACUUGAUUUACGUUUUGGAGAAAAACAUGGAAAAUGAUGAAAUCGAAGCCAUGGUGUUGGAUAUGCCUGAAGAUAAAGAAGUUCAAUGGAAUCAAGAGGUGUUAGGGAGGAUGAAAAAACUCAGGAUGCUUGUAAAAAAGAACGCUUGUUUUUUCGGAGGCCCUAAAAAUCUCCCAAGCAGUUUGAGAGUGUUGGAAUGGUGGAAGUAUCCUGAAGCUUCUUUACCACAUAAUUUUCAUUCGAAAAAUCUUGUCAUACUCAACUUAUCAUACAGUAGCUUUCAAUGGAACAAACAACUAGAGAAUUCCGAGGUUUUGAGCCAGUUGAUCUUCACAGGUUGUGUGGACAUAAGACAAAUACCCGAUGUGUCAGGAAUUCCGAAUCUGACUGAAUUGUGCGUUGAUGAUUGCACAAAUUUGAUUGGGAUUCAUGAUUCUGUUGGAUUUCUUGAUAAAUUGCUAAGCUUCAGUGCUAAAGGAUGUAGCAAGCUCAGAAUAGUUCCACAUGGCAUAAGGUUGACUUCUCUAGAAUAUCUUUGCCUUCGGGACUGUUGCAGUCUUAUUAUGUUUCCAGAAAUAUUGGGACCAAUGGAGAGACUAGAAUUCGUUGACUUGGAAGGAACUGCCAUAAAAAACCUGCCACUUUCAAUGCAAAACCUUAAAGGGGUUCAAAGGUUAUAUCUAAACAGAUGUAGAAUGAUUGAAAGUAACGCACUUUCUGACAUCAUUCAAAGGUUGCCAAACUUGUUUCCCUUUUUGAAAUCAUUGAGAUUACGAGGGUCAAGUUUAACAAUCCUUCCUGAGUGCAUCGAAGAAUGUCGCUUCUUGGAGUUACUAGACUUGUGUUAUUGCAAGCAGCUUCGAGAAAUUAGAGGGCUUCCACUAAGCACCGAUGAUUUCUUGGCAUAUAAUUGCACGUUACUAAAGGCCAAUUGUUCAACUUUAAACAUGUUGAUACAGAGCCGGGCAAUUCGUUCUGCUACAAGAAAAUUCUUUGUUCUGCCAGGGAAACGGAUCCCAGAAUGGUUUGACCACUCUAGCAGGGGAAACUCCCUAUGUUUCUGGUUUCGUAAGGAUUUCCCCUCUAUCACUGUGUCUGCUGUUUUAGGAGUUGUGGAAAAUAUUGAGGAUCCGUUCUACGUGAACUUUCAUUUUUAUGUUAAAAUCAAUGAUAUUGAGAUACCUUUUGGUUUUGAUUUUAACUAUAUUUUGGAGACUGAUCAUAUAUUUAUGUUCAAAAGCUUUACCGAUCCAAAAUAUUGGGGUCAGGGCGGACUACUUUCAGAGAAUGAAUGGAAUUAUGGGGAGGUUUUAUUUGUGAUCCCUCCAGAUUCUGGUUGUACGGGAUCAAUCAAAUGUACUGGAGUUCAUAUAAACCGGACAUUUAGUAGAAUGGAGGAUGUUCAAUUCACAAAUCCUUAUCCUUCCAAGAUGACAUGUUAUACAAAUCAAUCAGCUUUACCCAACCCCGAAUUCCAAAUGUGGCUUCGGUCUUCCAUGCAGCCACAUUGGGAACAACCUUUGGAUGAAUUGUAUAGCAGUCCAGCUUCACUUUCACCUACACCUGAUUUCAGCACUGGACUUUUAUCAGGACCACCAGCUUCAUCUAUUAAACGGCAAACCCUGGUGCACAAAACCUCCCAACUUUGUAAAGAUAGGGAUAAGAGUCCAUCGUAUGCAGUUUUACUCUUGCAUUUUUACACAAAGGUUGUUUCCAAAAUUCGAAUGCAUGGCCUUUUUGGACGAAAAUAUCUUCUGUCCUUCCUCUUUGUUUGUUUGCUCUGUUUAGUUAUACUUCUAGAUCCAUAUGGUUAUAGAUAUAAACCAGAUGGAGCAUUACUGGAUCAUCAAGCAAAAGAUCUGGGAGAAUCAUCUCAAGCCCCGGGUUUUGCUGAGACUCAAAAUAUUCAGGCCCAUAGUCCCACUUCAUCAAGUGGUGGUGAAGUUAGACCAGAACUACACGUAGGAACAAGUUCCACUAUGUUUCCAACAGUUGACGCAUCUCCAAGAAAUCAAACUGAACCUGCUGAAGAUGAUGUGGAAAUGGAAGCAUUUUAUGUUUCUCUUGAUGCUGACACCUGUGUGGUUUCAUGGGAAGAGACCAGGAAAGCUUUGAAAAUAGUACAAGACUUGAUCUCCAAGGAUGCUUCUGUUUUCUUGCAUCCUAAACUGGCAAGUGUCAUGAAAACCAAUUUAGAGUACCGGUCCAAUUCGUCUGCAGACGAUGAUAUAUCAAGAGAUAUAAGGCUACAAUUGUCAGAAACUUCAUUGGAGUCCACCCAUUGGUGUUGGGACGACUACAUUGAAGCAAGAAUGAAAAUUGAGUCCACAGUGGAAGCUAACAAGAACCAGUUCUGGGAAGUUGUGGCCUUGGAAAAUGAGCUGCGUCAAAAGUUAGCAUGGAUGGAGGGGAAAAAAAAGUAUCUAGAAGAACAAAUCAAUGUCAUUAAAGCUAACAUCGCUGCUUCUCAAUCAGAAAAGAACAUGGCCAGUCAAAGAAAGAGAGAUAUAUUCAAGGAAGGAAAGAAGCUUAAAGCUCAAAGAUAUGAGUUGAGGGAACAAGCACCAUAUUCACAAGACGAGCAUGGUUGGGAAAAUGAAACACAAACGCGCAUCAAAUCUGAAUGGCCAGAAUUCAGAGAAUAUUUUGAGGGGAUUGCUACAGAGGGAGAUGAAUAGUCAUUCAAGUGGAAUUUUGACCAUGAUUUAUUUUUUAGCACCUAGCCUAUGAUAC